GUGAUUGGUAACUGUAGAGGGAACACAUAAACACAACACAAACACACAAAACCAUCCAUGUCCGAGGCGGGAUUGAAACCGGUGACCCUACAAACCAAGGCAGCAAUGACCCUUCAGCCAUAACGAUCUCUGCUAUCCAGGCUGGCAAUAUCUGAUAAUUAUUUUAAAUAUAUUAAGUAAAAUUACAAAUUAAUGGCUGUGGGAAGGAAACAUGACCUGCAGAUCUGCAUGGCUCUUCCUCUGAAUUCACAUUGUCUGUGAGCACAUACUUGAAAAGCUACUUUGGCAGCACGCAAAAUUACAACAGUGCUAAAGAAUAUAUAAAUAAUAUAUAAAUAAUAUAUAAAUAUGCUUGUCUGUAUUACAUAUGUGGUUACUGAUAAUGAGACUUCUCAGCUUGAAUUCUGUUUUGAGUAUGAUUAUUGAAACAACUGUUUUAUUUGUCAUUGACCCACAUUUGACUAGCCACUAGGUUUCUUUCAUGCAGACUUCUUUGCCAUUUUAUUUUCAAGGAAAUCAUUAACUAAACAAUAAAUUGUCCAUAACUAAUGCAAUGUUAAUGUUCUAGAAAUAUUCAUACAAAAAUGCUGACCAAAGAACAAAAGCAAUUUUACAAAGACAAUGGUUUCAUCAAACUUGAAAAUAUAUUUACAAAAGAAGAAAUGGAUGCUUUAUCUGAUGAAUAUAAUGAAUUGUUCACAAGAAAACAAACUGAAAGUGAUAUGGAAGCUUCUUGGAAGGGCAACGAUAUGAAGGAAGCUGCAAAGGAAACGCCAGUUGUAGUACUUUCCAUACAUAAUCUUCAGUUUCAUUCUGCUAUUUUCUCUCGUGUUCUUCAACAUGAGAAAAUAUUGGAUGCACUUGAAGACAUCAUGGAAACACCAAAUAUUUUACUGCAUCACACAAAAGCACAUUUAAAACCUCCAUCAAAAGGAGCUCCAUAUCUGAUGCAUCAGGACUAUCACUACUUUCCUUUUAAAAAACAUUCCAUGGUUGCUGUUUUUAUUCAUAUGGAUGAUACAACUCCUGAAAACGGUGGGUUAUGUGUGUAUCCAGGUUCUCACAAACUGGGUCCAUUGUAUGACAAGGGAAGUGAGGAUGAAAAAGGUGAAAAAUAUCAUUACAUGAAACCAGAAGACUUCCCCAUAGAGAAAGCAACUCCCAUUCAUGCAAAAAGAGGAGAUGUUGUAGUAUUUUCAUACCUUCUUGUUCAUGGUAGUUAUCUAAAUACCAGUGAGCGAGUGAGGAGAAUGUUUCUUAUACAGUUAAUGGCUGCUGAGGAUGAACCUGCCAAUAAUGAACAUAAAUCUCCUGGACAGGGUUGGGUUCUACGUGGAAGGAACCUGAAAAGAGAUGCAUCUAUGAGCAACAGAUUUGCUCACUAAAUUAAACUUCAUUAAUACAUUUUGAGCUUGUGAAACUCAUUCUGUGUGAAUAUAUAAUUCAUAUUUUGCAGGAGUAUACAAUUCCAUUUUGAAUUUCGUAUUGUAUUGUCUGAAACGUGAAAUUUCAGUGUAUCAAAGAAAUGUGGCAUGUAUUUCAAAGCAUCACAAUUAUUGUGAAAGGUAUAUAAAAGAGAAAAUAAUUAUAUUUUUGUACAUUUAGGAAAUAUAUUUUGUAAAAAAGUUUGAUUUAUAAAAAUGAAAACCUAAAUAUGUAUAUGAACC